UAUUCAUUCAUCUGGACUUGUCACUGAGUGUCGCAGGUUUAGCCAGACCUUUAGACAAUUCAGAAUACCCAAUACCCGUCUCCGAGUCUUAGACUCGGGGAAUAAACAAUUCACCAACCACCUGGUGGUUCAGUAUUAUCAGUCACAGGCUACGUGGUCUUGUUUUAGUAUACUUUCGCCUGCAAUAUCAUGAUGACGCUUUCCUGUCCAAAAGUAACCUCAGACAAUACUGCGCUAAACUCGAAAGCUCAAACAGAGAUUGACGAUGAACUUGAAGCCCUUGAAGAGAGAAAGCGAGCUCUUCGGACACGCCGAAACAGUCACUCUCCCAUAUCCUCCAUCCCACCAGAGCUCCUUAGCACCAUUUUCGUCUUUCAUGUUCAGCAGACGCAGUCGCGUUAUAGUCCUGACAAUCCUGAUGCUCUUUUAUGGCUCAUUAUUGGACGCAUUUGUCGUCAUUGGCGCGAGAUUGCUCUCGGGACGCCAGAGUUGUGGGCCACUCCGUUUCUCAACUCUUCAAAGGCCACGGAUGAAAUGCUCACGAGGAUCCAAAAUGGCUCCGUUGAACUUGAAAAUUGGCCGGCGAUAUCGUAUGGACUGCAUCCAAACGGCGUUGAUGCACAUGGAGCGUUUGGAAGUGGUCUCUCUUCUCUAUCAUCUUGCUCCGCUCCCAAACUACGAUCGCUCGCUUUGGAAGUAGGGAAUAGACAAACACCACGGAUAGCAAUCCCGAUUUAUUUCCCCGCACCCAACCUUUGCGACCUCCGAAUCAAGCACUGUGAUCUGUCAUGGGCAUCUUCCGUCCUCACAGGACUCACUGUCCUUGACAUCAAAAAAAUAUCACCGGAAUGCCUUCCGACAUUAGACGAGUUGAUCUCUGCGCUCCGUCGUAUGCCUGCUCUGCACACUCUUGUAUUAGAAGAUGCUCUCCCGACCCUUUCCCCCCAUACGGCGUCACUCCCUCGUGCACCCCAUGCCAUGAAUGUUCAACUCUUCCACUUGAAGCACCUGCGUUUGACGGCAACAAUGUUGGAAGUGGCCAACGUGCUAACUUGCAUUGAAUCGACAACAUCGGAAGUUCAACUGAUAAGUCUCGACAAGCCCCUCGUUCCAUGCAAGUGUCUUCCACUAGUGGUUGCGUUCGCUUUGCGUUAUAGCACGGUCCGGAACCCUUCUUCGUGGGCAACGACAACGUCUUGUCUGGAUUUGUCGGCGGAGUACCCUAUCAUUCUUGACUUUGACUUUCCCAUUGACAUGACGAGAACAAUCCUCAGCGAUUUGGGGAGGAUCGUUCCUCUUGGGAGUAUCGAGGCCAUGUACUUCGGCUGUUUCUUCGCUUGUUGGGAUGGCUUCUGGGCUGAUGUUCUUACCCGUGGCGGUGCUCGUAAUCUUGCAUACAUGCACUUGCGAGGUCCAUUCGAGGUUCUCGAAGAACUUCUUAAAUCCCUGCGUUCACGGAAGCACAGUGUAUCGCGGUCCGUAGGCGGGCGUUCACAACAAGGGCCCAUUUUCUCCCCAGCACUCUCCCACCUUGUCCUUCACAGAUUGGAGUUUGACUCCUCCAUCUUCAACUGGAUGCGACCUUCCGACCUCCUUGAUGUGCUCAUUGAUCGCGUCAACGAAGGUCGAGGGUUAGACCACCUUGCGAUUACUUUAACUUCGGGUAUAUUCGCCCGUGAUGUGCAGUUGUUGCGAGAGGUGGUGGCUGAUGUGAGCUGGGAUGGAUAUGCAAGUGACGAGGAAUACCUCACUGACUAUAUGGAAGAAGAUGAUGAUGAUGACGACGAUGAUUUCAUGGAUUACGAGUUCUACAGUGAUGGAUAUGCCUCCUGA